GCCGGGGGGCCAACUCAGCUCUCUCCCUACCCGGAUCCUUCCCCAGGAUGGACACGGUGUCCAGCUCCUGGCUCCCCCUUGGACUAAACCUGCUGGUGCUCUUGCUGGUGGUGCCACUUGGGGGCCAGGCCAGCACAGGCUGCUACGGGAUCCCUGGGAUGCCAGGCCUGCCGGGGGCCCCAGGGAAGGACGGACACGACGGCCUGCCGGGGCCCAAGGGUGAGCCAGGAAUCCCAGCUAUCCCUGGAACUCAAGGACCCAAGGGUCAGAAGGGAGAACGCGGCACACCUGGGCAUCCCGGGAAAAAUGGCCCCACGGGAACGGCCGGUAGUCCAGGGGUUCCCGGCCUCAUGGGACCCCCUGGGGAGCCGGGCGAGGAGGGCAGAUACAAGCAGAAGCACCAGUCUGUCUUCACGGUCACACGGCAGACAUCCCAGUACCCCACGCCCAACAGCCUGGUCAAGUUCAACGUAGCCAUCACCAACCCGCAGGGCGAUUAUGACACAAGCACUGGCAAGUUCACCUGCAAAGUCCCAGGUCUUUACUACUUUGUGUACCACACGUCGCAGACGGCCAACCUGUGCGUGCUGCUGUACCAGAGUGGCGUCAGGGUGACCACCUUCUGUGACCACCUGUCCAACAGGAAGCAGGUCAGCUCGGGCGGUGUGCUGCUACAGCUGCAGGCGGGUGAGCAGGUGUGGCUGGGGGUCAAUGACUACAACGGCAUGGUGGGCACCGAAGGCUCGGACAGCGUCUUCUCUGGCUUCCUGCUCUUUCCUGACUAGGGCAGCCAGGCCUGCUCCAGGCCCGGGGCCGCCCCGCUCCCCUCAGCUUCCCCGCAAGAACCGCUGUGCCCAGGCCCUUCUCCCCACCUGAUGGACUCCUCCUCCAGGAAGCCCGCCCUGACGCCCUUGCCCCAACUUCUCUCCCUCCUCCGAAUUCCUUCAGGAGUCACUGCUUUGAGACUUAACCAGCACCCUCUAACACUGUCAAUGUUUUUUUUUUUUUUCCAAGUCUCUGGAAAGGCAAGGUGAUAUAUAAAUAAAUAAAUAAAUAAAUGGGAAAAUGUGGCACGGUUCAGGCUUCUCGCUGACAAGUCCUCAGAGGAGCAGGCCUCUUCAUCCUCAGCUUUGCACCUGUCACAGCCACCCAUGGGCUCUAGACUCAGACAGGGCAUCCAGUUGGUGUUCAGUUAAAGGUUGGUGCCAGUGUUAAGACACUCAGCGUCCUGUGGCCAUUUCAGAGAGGGAUGCUCCAGUGUGAUUACAGGCUGCAAGAGGUCCCCAGUGUGCCAUCUGUUGUCACUUGUUUGGCGGAGAGGUGCUACUGUCAUUAAAGGUAUCUGUGCUCACAGGCAAA